AUGUCGCCCCAAUCAAAGCUCUUCGCUCCUAUCACAGCCGGCUCUCUCCAGCUGGACCAUCGUAUCGUGCUCGCGCCCAUGACCCGGUUCCGUGCUGGCAAGGAGGACGGUGUGCCUUCUGCUGACCACAUCAAGUACUAUGAGCAGCGUGCUUCCAAGGGUGGCCUUUUGAUCUCUGAGGGCACCUUUGUCUCCAAAGAGGCUGGAGGAUAUCUCUCCGUUCCGGGACUCUGGACCAAAGAGCAGAUAGAGGGCUGGAAACUCGUCACUGCCGCCGUUCACGCCAAGGGCGGAAAGAUCGCGGCUCAGCUUUGGGCUCUUGGGCGUGUUGCCGACCCAAGCAAUGUAGACAAGGUCGUUGCUCCCAGUGAUGUUCCCCUCGCUGGAGGCCCCCAGACUCUCCACGUCUUGACUGAAGAAGAUAUCAACCGAUUUGUCGAGAGCUUUGCUGAGGCCGCUCGGAACGCCGUUGAAGCCGGGUUUGACGCAGUCGAAGCACACUUUGCCAGCGGCUAUGUGAGUUUAGAUGUACUCAUCCAAUCCGUUAGCAACAAGCGUACCGACUCUUACGCCGCCUCCACAUUCAAAUUCCCUCUUCGUAUCAUUGAUGCCUUGACCACCGCCAUCGGCCCCGAACGUGUUGGAUUCCGAAUUUCGCCCUUCAACACUUUCCAAGGUAUGCGUGAAGCCAAGCCCCUCGAUACUUUCGUCCCCUUUGUCAACAAAGCCCUCGACGCUCACCCCGACCUCGCUUUCGUCCAUGCUGUCGAACCCCGAGUCGAUGGGUAUGAUUUGAAGGAUGACGUGGGAGAAGAUACACUCGAACCAAUUAGGCAGAUUAUCAAGGAGAAGGGGAAGGGCACCAAGUUGAUUGUGGCGGGUGGUUUCAAGCCCGACAGCGCUAUUGCGCAUGCCAAUGCCACUGAUGACUUGGUGGCUAUUGGGAGGUACUUUAUUUCCAACCCCGAUAUUGUCGCACGUAUCAAAAACGGCCACCCCCUCGGCGAGUACAACCGUGACACGUUCUACAGCCCUGGUCCUGAGGGAUACACCGAGUAA